AUGAGGCCAAACUCUCAGCCCGAAGAAUCCCAUCAGAGAAGCCAGAAGGUAAGAUUAGCCGCAAGGAUGAACAACCAAUCCCAAGUGCUAGAAACAUUUGUCAAGAAAAUAUUCACUUUUUUGGACGAAAAGGACUCGCAGCAGCUUGCUCCGUUUCUGCAAUGUUUCGACGCGGCUAAUAGUAAGGUCAUUGUGAAUGCCAAUCCGUUUGCCCAGGCCGCAUUGUUUCUCGAAACAUGGCAGCGUGGAGUUGUACAGACUCAGCAUGUGCUGACUGGAAUGGACUAUCAUGUCAUUCCAGGCACGGGUUCCACAGUGUGCAGCGUGAAUGGGAAAGUAAGAUUUGACGAAAGUGGAAAGGACAAGGCGGGCCAGGACUCUGUGAUCCCCGAUCCUAGUGCCGGUAAUCCGGUCCCCAUCUCCGGAUCCCUCAAUUCAAGCACGCCAGCGGCCAAGCAUAGGCCGCUGUGGGGCCCGUAUUUUGGUACUUCUUUGCAGUUGGUGUUGGACGACCGUGUUUUGAACGGCGACCAAAACUGCGUGAUUUCCAGCUUUAACUACACAAUGGUUUACAAACCCGACGACUCAUUGAUGGCACUGUAA